AUGCCGUGCUAUAAUUUCAAGAGCAUUGGAGUCGUCCCCGGGUCGAAAGAUUUCAUAGAUAUCGUUCUGUCCAAAACACAGCGGAAAACCCCAACUGUCAUACACAAGCAAUAUGCCAUCGGCAGAAUUCGGCACUUCUAUAUGCGCAAGGUUAAGACCUGCCAACAGUUCUUCCACGAUAAACUCCAGGCUAUUGUCACGGAAUUUCCGAAUGUUGAGACAAUUCAUCCAUUCUACGCCGACCUUAUCAAUGUGCUCUACUCGAAGGAUCAUUAUAAACUCGCCUUGGGACAGUUAAACACAGCUAAGAAUAUCAUAGAUGGGAUUGCCCGUGAUCAAGUGAAGAUUUUGAAGUAUGGCGAAUCACUCUACCAGUGCAAAACUUUGAAACGUACUGCUCUAGGCAGAAUGUGCACUGUGAUCAAGCGCCAGGCAGACAACCUUAAAUUUCUGGAGGAUACCCGGCAACACAUGUCUCGGUUACCCACUAUUGAUCCGGAUACGCGGACCCUUAUACUGUGUGGUUUCCCCAACGUUGGGAAAUCCAGUUUCAUUAACAAGAUUACACGUGCAGAUGUGGACGUCCAACCAUUUCCGUUCACCACGAAAUCUCUGUUCGUCGGACACACUGACUACAAAAAUCUUCGGUGGCAGGUGGUUGACACUCCCGGCGUGCUUGACCGCCCCUUGGAAGAACACAACACCAUCGAAAUGUUGGCCAUAACCGCUUUAGCUCACUUGCAAGCUGCUGUAGUCUACAUUAUGGACCUGUCGGAACAAUGUGGCUACACGAUUAAACAGCAACUGACUUUGUUUGAAAGCUUACGCCCAUUAUUUCGCAACAAACCUCUGGUGAUUGCUGCAAAUAAGAAAGAUAUCCGCUCAUUCGAUGAAUUGGCGGACAGUGACAAAGACCUUAUUCGUGAGGUGGUUCGUUUCCCGACGGAUUCUGAUGACGUAGCCACGAUGGAGGGGGUGAUGGAUGCGCAGCGUCCAUUGUUUCUUCAGAUGUCCACCGUCACUGAAGAGGGUGUCAUUCGAGUUCGUGCGGCUGCCUGUGAUGACCUGUUGGCACUUCGCGUUCAGGCGAAGCUUCGGGCUGCGACGGUUUCGAGUCAUCAGGAUGGGGAAGAAGGCAGUAGUAUCACUAGUCGAUUAUACGUUGCAAAACCAAAACCGAAGGAUGACAGUGAGCUAAAUCCGGAUGGAACGGUGAAUCGACCGCCCAUUAUCCCUCCUGGUAUCUUGGCAAAACGGCGUCAGCGCGCUCAAAAACGCUCUCGGACAGCUGCAUUUGGUCCCGAAGAUGGCAUGGAGGUGGAAGACGACAGUGUGUCUAGUCAACCGUUAAUGCGUGAACGAGAACUAGCUGCGGGCGACGAUCCGUUCAUCAUUAACUUGCGUGAGCACUGGCGAAUCGCACGUCCUGAACAGGCCAACGACAUCAUUCCCGAAAUUAUGGACGGGUAUAAUCUGAUAGAUUUCUUCGACGCCGACAUCGAAGAACGUCUGAACUUGUUGGAGAAGCAGGAGGCCACUAUGGAGGCUGCCGGUGUAUACGAAGAGUCUGAUUGGACCAAAGAUCCUGAUGCGGAUAACCCAGAAAUGAAGAAGAUCCGGGAAACUGCAGCAAAAAUACGCGAGGCCCGUGCAAUUCGUAUAUUGGAGUCACGUGCUCGCAAACAUGUUCGUGCACCUCAAGUUCCUCGAUCUGCUCGUUCGGUUAGUGUUCACAAGAUACGCACUGACUUGGGCGAACUUGGCCUUGAUGUGGAUAUGGAAGAGGAGGGUGAACGAGGCCGAGCUUUGAAGAAAAUGAAACGCCAGAGAAAUUCCACUCCGAACCCUCAUCGCGAAGCUUCUAUCGCCCGGGCUUCGAGGCCUCGAUCGCUAUCUGCUGUGCGUGACCCGAAGAUGCAGGAAAAGGUCCAAAGAAUGAACAAACUUGCUCAACGCAAGACUGUCACUCUGGCACGCAAAGGAGAGGGUGAUCGUACUAUUCCGGACUGGAAACCGAAGCACCUGUUCUCUGGGAAACGGUCUACCGGGAAAACGGAUCGACGAUGAUUUGUUUGUUAUUGGAUCAAAGCUGAACCGUAUCCUUCGCCUUUCCUCUAAUUUUUUCUAUACUGUAAAUAUAACGUGGUUUCAC